AUGUCAACAACACAACCACACUGCUGCGGAAAACACGAUUGUAAAGGAUUGAGAUACAACGGAUGGUCACUAAAUUGCCGAUUUUGCAAGGAAAAAAUAAUUGUGGAAUGUUUACGAAAUCGAGACGAGCUGAGAACAAAAGAGCUGCUGUACGUUUUCGGAUUGAUGUCGAAAAAACAAACGGAUAGUGGUGGUUUCAAAUGGGAAGUGCUUGAAAAUGAUCCGAAUAGAACGGCUGCAUUCUCCCAAAUGUUCAACGUCGAUUCACCAUUCGGAAUUACAUGUGAAUCGUGUGUGGAAAAAAUUGAAAUGCUACUAAGCACUCACAAUGAUGAUAACACCGGAGCUGGCCACUCAAUGCCACAUCAAAAUGUAUUAAACAUGCAACAAAUGAGUGACUUAAUUGCCGAAUCGGUUGAGAAGAAAAUAAGUGACAAACUGAAUGAAAACAUGACACAUUUGAGCGAUACAGAACCAUCUAAUCGCAAAAUCAACAUGAGUACAUAUCGCAAAACACUGCCUGUAUGUGAUGAAAAUGGUCUCUACUCAUUAUACAUUUCCAAGGCUGAUAAAUCCGUUACAACUGAGGAAAUGAUUAAUUACGUGAUGGAAAAAACAGAUCUGAACAAUAGUGUUUUCAAAAUUGAAAUGCUACCCAGUAGAGGCAACCGAAAAACAUACACCGCAUUCAAGUUGACGACGCUUUCACCUGAAGUCUGUGAAAAAAUCAUGUCUCCCACCAAUUGGUCAACAGAAUUUCGUGUAAGAGCGUUUGAAAAAAAAUAUCGAAUGCGUAAAAGCAAAAAACGGCAAAAUCUGCGCUCUGAAAUACGGCAGGAAUUGAAACGGUCAAAUCGAAGUGUAAACAAUCAUAUCCGGAACAAUAACAACAACAACAAUGAGCGUCGAGGCAUGAAUAAUCAACACAAACGCCGACGCGAGAAUCGAUCAUAUGAAUUUGGCUACAAUAAUCGAAAUCGAAAUCGUAAUAAUCACAACGGUCGAUAUAAUUAUGAACCUCGCCAUCAUGAACAUCGUGUAAAUCAUGCGUAUCGUGAACAAUUGCCACAGACCAAUAUGCCGUCUCCUUUUUGGUACCAAAUGCCAUAUUUCUACCCUCCACCUCAGCAACAGGUUCAUUCUCAGCCCACUAUGCCACUAUUCCAUCCGCACUAUACACACGCACAACAUACACCACAUCAAACAUUCCAACCGUUCAACGUUCAAAAUCACAAUGGAAU